AUGGCUGGCGACAACGGAAACAGCAACAACAACAAGGGUAGCUCCAAGGGUCAGUCCUCCAACGCCCAAGGAGACAACUCCUCUGGAGGAAAAUCCUCUGCCAAUCCCAACGUCACCGAGUUCUCCAAAAUCAACCCUGGCCAACCCAUGUCUGACUACGAGUACCUCAAGCCCUGGGGCGGCAAGAAAGGGUUUAUGCUUUCCUACGGGAUCAAGCCUACCCCCGAGGGCUUCGAGGAGGCCAGAGAUCUAAUUGAUCAGAUGAGGGAGGAGUCAGGGUUUGGCAAGAGUCCUUACCGUGAAUAG